UACGCCAUGGACGCGCCGGCCGCCUGCGAGAUCGAGCGCCUGCCGGAGGACCUCCUGAUGCACGUGAUAUCGCUCACGUCGCCGGCGGACGCCUUCCACACUGCCGCCGUGUCCCGGGCCUUCCACGCCGCGGCCGACUCAGACACCGUCUGGUCCCGCCUCCUGCCGCGAGACCUCCCGCAGUUCGCCAAGAGGGAGCUCCCCCGCAAGCCGCCGUCGACCAAGAAGGGGAUGUUCCGGCGCCUCUCCGACGAACCAGCCCUCCUCCCGGGCAAAUAUGUGCGCAUGCAGCUGGACAAGGCCACCGGCGCCAAGUGCUUCACGUUUUCGGCCAGCGCGCUACAGAUCACCCAAGCUAAUGAUGCUCACACGCCCUUGAUACGUGUAGGUUCAGUGCCGGGCUACAGCAAAAGAGGCAAAAGGUUCUCACAAGCAGCUGAAAUCGGCCAUGUUAACAUACUCGAGAUAUGUGCCAAGAUACAGAGAAACAUCCUCUCUCAAAACACAACCUAUGUGGCAUACAUGGUGUUCAAGCUAGGACCCAGAUUUUACAGCUUCGAUUUCCCGUUUCAAGAAGCCUCAUUUGGCGUUGUUGGGAGCCAGUCGAUCCGGCAGGUUUGCCUGCAAGGCUAUGUCGAGGACGAUGAUGGAGCCGAUGUUCCACCUCGGAAACACAUUGUGCCAAGUUCUUAUAGUAUAUAUAAUCAUAACGCGGUUCCUCCUCAAAAGAACGUUGUUUUCCCACGUAAGAAAGCCGACGGUUGGAUGGAGGUGGAGCUUGGUGAGUUCCAUAAUGAGGGAGGUGACGGUGAGGUCUCCAUCAGCUUGAUCGAGACAACAAAACCCAAGAGUGGCCUUAUUGUCUGGGGCAUUGUGAUAAGAAGUAAGCAACAAAAGAAAAAUGAAGAAGUAAGCAACAAAGGCCAGUAAGGCUCUAGCAUUUCGUACCAUAUACCAUGUGGGAGCUAGAAAGGAGAAUUUAUUGGACUAUCUUUUAUUACAUAGAAUGAGGCCAAUACUCUAAGGCUACAUGUGGUCUUAUUUCCCUAUUUGCUUCAAUAUUUUAUUCUGAAUGUAGUCAAAUGUAUUUUUGAUAGGAAAUAAGUAGGAGAAAAGAGCUAUGCA